AGCUGAGACACAAGGAUGCAAAGCAUGCGGGCUGCAACCUCAAGCUUCAGAGCGCUGAAGCUUGACGCGGGCCAUGCCGGGAUAAAGUGCGCUGCAGCGUCCUCGUCUCGCCGUCUGCUGCACGCCUCGCCGAGCCGUCUUGCCGAUGGUCUACCACCGAGCUCAAAGGAAGCUUCUACCUCUUCCUCAGCCUCUUCUUCUUCCAAGGCUCCGUCGCCCGCACCGCCACGCUCCGAUGCAGGGCCCCUGUCAGAGGGCGGUGACGAGCCACCGCCGUCGUUCACCACGUCGCUCUCGCAAGUGUAUGCCGAAAAGGACCGGAAGCCGCUGCCCCUGCUUGCGCGGCCACUUGGCGUCGCACAGGCGCCGUCGUCCAAGAAGCGCACCUGGGCCGAGCGGCGCGAGAUGGCGCUCGACUAUGACCGUCGGAUGGAGAAGCGCAAGAUCAUCGUACAGCAAGCCACGCGUGGGUACUUUCACGAUUUUCACGCCAUGCAGAGCCAUGGCGGCAAGACGUGGCGCGCGCCCGCGACGCUGAUCCGCCAGGACCGCGCACGCUUCUUUCCCGACGUCCAGGGCACCCGGCUCUCGGACAAGGCCAGCGUGCACACGACGGACAUGCUCCAGGGCAGAGUCUCGCUCGUGAGCAUCAUGGGCAGCCAGGUGUCGGAGCAGCACGCCAAGUCCUUUGCAGAGGCCCUCCUGCCUCUCUACUAUCCCGGCCUCGCAGGCAGCGCAGGGAAUAGUAGUAGCAGCAGCAGUCGAAAAACCAGCGGACACUUCCAAUGGGUCCAGAUCAACCUGCAAGAAAACAGCCUCAAGGCGUACCUCGUCGGUCUCUUUCUCUCCAGCCUGCGAAAGAGCAUCCCAGAGGCGCUCCAGUCGACCUACCUGCUCUCGAACCAGAACAUGGAGAUGGAGCGGCCCGACCUCGGGCUCAGCAACAAGCACGUCGGCUACUCCUUUCUCGUCGGGCCCGACGUCAAGAUUCGGUGGGCUGGCUGUGCAUUUGCCGAGCGCGAGGAGAGGGACGCCCUCGUUGCAUGCGCAGGCGUGCUCAUCAACCGGCUCAAGGAGGAGCAGCACGGAGGCACACGGAAGCGGUGAGAUUGGGGAGUGUGUAUGUAAUACAAAUAUAAUCUGCUGGUAUCAAUAGGAUCCCCUGGGAGGGAAAGGGAAUAGAAA